AUGAAUUUAACUUUGGAGGAUGGGGAUGAAAGUCCUAUUGUAAAGUGCGAAAUGGAUGGGAACAUUAUUGAAAUGGAUGAAGUCAUUAAGGUUAAGGAUGAGGAAUCUAGUAGUGAAAGUCAGCUAGAGCAAAAGCGUAUGGCAGUGAGAAUAGUGGAAGCAAUGUUAAGACAAAUUAUGAGUAGUCUGAAUAGUAUGGAAAGUAGUAUGAAAGAAGACAUUAGUAUUACUAAAACUGACAUGACUAGUUUAAAAGAUAAACUGAAGAAAGAAAUUAAAAUGGAACUUAAGGUAGUUAGCUCUGGUCUUUCAGAAUUAAAUAAGAGGGUUGAGGCAGUAGGGAAAGAUUGUGAUGAAAAGAUAAAGAAAGUAGUACAUAACAGUAAUGAGGAAUUUAAUGAUUUGCCUGAAAUAUGGAAUGACAAAGAGAAAAUGACAUCUGUAAGAGGUCUUUUGAAAGGGGAUGCUUAUGGAUGGGCAGCUCAGGUAGCUGAUAGUUGUACCUCAUGGAAAAGCUUUGAGAAAGCAUUUUUAGAUGAAUAUUGGUCCAAAGAGAAGCAGCAGAGAAUUUUGAGUGAAUUUUGGGGAGGAGAGAGAUUUGGCUCUUGGAAGGGUACUGUGGAAGUUGGAUAA